AUGCGGACACCAAGGAGCUUAUUAACAACGACGACGACGACGACGACGCGAACAGUAUCAAACUUACAGCGAUUACCUUAUGAAAUAAUGUCUUACAUCGUGAACUAUCUGGAUAUAGAUGAGAUAUUCGAUUUAUCCUUAUCAUGUCGUCACUUCCAAUACUUGGUAAGAGAGGAGAGAUUUUGUAAAGCUAUUAUUACUGCCCAAGCCUCCCACACAGCCGAAGCCCAAGAGGCACAGCGAAGUGGCCAAUUCUCGCGUGCCCUGAGGCGAGUUGCAAAAAGACGCCAGGCACUUUCACGGGCGUCCCCAUACCUGGUAGGUAUCAUCGCUUUUGCCGACUCUUAUGAAUAUAUCCAUGGGACACUUUGUUAUAUCGUCGAGGCCCGGCCUAAGCGCUGGCUACGGAUCCUCGACCUUCACCGCUCAGCAAGCCAUGAGCUCGUCAUAGAUAUUCCGACCCUGGUUCAUGAAGCUGUGCCUAGAUCUGCCAAAAGUCGUAAAUACAAGUUCCGCGUCUUAUAUCAUGCGAAUGGCAUCACUUCGUGCUUAUUUUCAUUCGCGCUGCCGCACACGGAGAACUGGCUUUUGAUCUUCAAAGCCGAUGAGCAGCUAAUUGUAGCCACACUUCAGCUAGACUCGACGGCUAAAAUAUUCGUACGAAACAACAAAGAUUAUCUUUAUUUUGGGACACAUUCGGAAGAAGGGGCAGACGGGCAUAGAAAAUGGGUCCUCGUGGGCUACGACAUCGAAAAGCGCUCUUGGUUUUCUCGGAAAAUGCACUUAGCGGACGUAGUUGGCUACGACAUUGGCUCUACGGUCUGCUUCGAAAUUAUAGACGACUAUUUUUACGGACUUUCUAAUCAGACUGAUUUCGAGAUCAGAGAAACGGAUUGGAACUCCUAUUAUCAUUGCUUUCGCUUUCCUCUCCAUGAACCGGAUCUUAAGAAUAAGCAAACUAUGAAGACGGAGGAUAGUUGGAGGAGACAGCAUGCUGAAGGCCCCAUAGAUGACAGAUGGAGUUUUCUCAAAUUGGAGAAAGACGAGGCUUCAGGUAAUAUAAACAUAAUCGAGUCACGAAAGGAGUGGCUCACGAACCAGAGCGGUAAUCAACGGACCUAUUACAUUACAGGGGUAAUUUUUGACCAAGAUUCAGAGGUGGAUAGCAACAGAGAGUCCCCAACCCCCGAGCGCAGCUUAACAAUUGGACGAUCAACUAGGCCCGUUGCAUAUCUGGACAAGCCAUACGGCUCGGAUUCACGUUUCCGAUCUCCCGAAAAUGUACAUCCAGGGGAUAGUAAUUCUAUGGCGCUCGUGUAUACGCGAAGUCAGACCCACCUGCGUGCCUACCAGCGGUGUUGCAGUACGUAUUUGGAUUUGGUUGAUGAUAUCUCCUCUAGCGGAUCAUCAGGCCCACGACGUUUACGCCUAAGGACCGGGUUCAGAAAAUCGCAAACCUAUUGGCCUUCCUGGGAGUACUUGGAAUCUAGCUAUGGAUUGGAAUCGAAGCCAGAAUCUAACGAGGAACCGGUGUACCCCUACCAACCUAACAGGAUUUAUUUUUGGCCACCUAAACAAGACGAAUCAAACGGGAACCCAUUUAUAGACGAUAUUUAUAAGAUACUGAACCCUCCCGACUAUCAAGGUGGUGUUAAUCCCUUCAGUGAUGAGCGUUCAGUAGUAUACGCAAUAGGGGAGGAUACGAACGGACUGAAAGCUUUGGUUUAUCUUAGCUUCGAUCCAGCAGCUAGGCUAGCUGGCAUGCUUCGCGAAAAAUACGUACUUGGCGAGCAAGAUAUGCCGAGCUUACCAAGUAACGAGGCGGAAGAGAGCUAUUGCAACUUUGAAGCGGGAACGAGUCGACUUACGCAACGUUCCUUGAGCAAAGACAUGCUCAUUGGCGACCUUUCCCACCGUCCUUUACCCUCAUACAUCUCAGAUGCUCCGCCCAUGCAUACCAUGAUAAUGCCACCUUCUGAAGGCUGUAAGCCAUGGGCAUGGGCCGAGAAGCCUAUGCAUAUGCAUCAAAAUUUUACAAGGAAAAUCUUCACCUUUGCUCAUUAA